AUGAAAGACGAGAAGAUGCGUCGUUGCAAAGAGAACACAUACAAUCUUGACAAGACAUACGAAGCUAAGUACGUUCGUCUUAUCCAGAACGAAGCAUGUCCCGGUGAUCCACCAUGCAUUGCUCUCAACAAAUUCGAACUCUUUGGUGAUAUUAUUUCCGAAGACUCCAAUGUCCAUGACGACGAUUUUGUUUCAUACCACGACGACGAUGACGACGACGUCAGUAUCAUUGGUCACAUCUCUAAGAACGGCAAUGUUAAAUUCAACUAA